AUGACCUCGACUUUCGCCGACAACUUUUCCACCUUGAAACCCCAAGCCCUGAAAGCCCCAGACACAAACGCUUCAUUUCAAUCUGAUCUUGCCAUCGGCACCGCAAAGAUGGUACAACACGGCGCUUACACCUACGACUUCAAAGGUCGCGCUAAAUUCCUCGACCCCUCGGUCGACUACUGGAAGCUCAAAAACUACGCCGACCUAGACAAAGUCACGGAAAGCACCCACGAUCUGUAUACGAAGUUCCUCAGAAAGCGUCUCAGGAACCCUACCAAGCUCUACAGCAAGCGUGCGCCUCUUCGCCUAAGGCAACUAGCUGUGCGCUCGGAGCGCGGUCUCCUAAUCUACGACCCGUUUUCGGAGGAUGAGCUGCGCGCCUUCGUGGCGUCCYGACAUCUCGAUCCAGUUACGAAACGCACCAAGGGAUGCUCGGAAAAGACAGAGCUCAUCGCGCGGCUUGAGAAGGCUGAUGAGGAUGUGACAUUUCGACUUGGGGAUCUCCCAGCGGAGUUGCGCGCGGCUGUGUACGAGUUUCACAUACAGAGCCUUGACCGCGAAGAGGUUGCCCAGACCCAACCACCCAUUACAAAAGUCUCGAGACUUGUCCGCCAAGAGACCUUGCCAAUCUUCUACAACACCUUCCCGCGCCACCUCUACAUCAGUUUUUUCUGUAAUCCAAACGCGAUGCGAACUAUUGGAUGGCCUGGCUCGAUUAACGAUCCCACCGACCUCUCAGCCAACAUUGCAGCAGCGGCACUCUUCUCAACCAAGAGGCUCCAAAUUCAUGUGUAUGUGAACUAUCCUCACUGGGCCCCGCCUUUGGAUGAUUUGCCAUAUAUCAUCGACGUGGAAUUUUCAGUCUCCAACGGGGGAGUUCUGUGUGCUAUGCCUUCGCUGGAUCGUAAGCGCUCCAGGCACAGCCGUGCGUGGUCGGCCUUGACACCAGCUGAGAAGCUCCGACAGAACGCUCCGAGCAAGGUCGAUGAGGCUUUGCGAAUGUGGCAUCGCGACUUGGUUCUGCGACGCCUUUCUUAUGCCGAGAAGUUGGUGGCCGCCGGCGAGGAGUCGUCUUUGGAUGGGCCUUCAAUGGGAUUGAUGAUCAAUGGGGACGAUUUGGAGAAACUGAAGUCAAUCUACUAG